ACUAGUUCGUUAAAAUCACACAAGUGCGAACGACUACCGUGGCCAGUUUUCCAAUAGAGUCUUUCUGUCUCCAUGAACUUGAAAGUGAAGAAGGAGGACUCAUGGUAUAAGCCGUACUUCCACACCAUACCGUGCAUUAGUACACUUUCUGUCUCCGUGCUCGUCAGUUUAACUUACUUUUCCGUAAUCGAUGUGUAAUAAAUCAGUGGUAUUUAACUCCAGACAUAUCUUUUGGGAGUAGAUCUUAAUUCAAAUUUUUUGGGAAAUUAAAGAAAAUGGCAAAUGGAACUGUAGAUAAAACCUUUAAGGGGGUUUACCAUUUCCUCUUCACAGAACUUGGAGAUCCUCGGACAAACGAUUGGUUUUUGGUGACCCAUCCUGUGAUUUUUCCUAUUGUUGGUUUCUAUUUGUAUUUUGUAACAAAACUCGGCCCUCGGCUAAUGAAAGAUCGUCCGCCUUUCGACUUUAAAUUAAUUUUAAUAUUAUAUAACGCUUUUCAAGUGGUUUUAAGUAUUUGGCUCUUUUGGGAAGCGCUGGAGGGAGCUUAUUGGGACAAAUACAGUUGGAAGUGUGAGCCUGUGGACUUUUCUUGGUCACCUCAUGCUUUAAGAGUGGCUCGAGGUGUUUAUAUUUUCUAUUUAGCGAAAAUAUCUGAGCUCCUAGACACCGUAUUUUUCGUUUUGCGAAAGAAGAACAAUCAAGUGUCGUUUCUCCACUUGUAUCACCACGCUGUGAUGCCGAUGAUUAGCUGGGGAGUUGUGAAGUAUAUGCCAGGAGGGCAUGCUAUAUUUAUUGGGUUCAUUAAUAGUUUCGUUCACAUAAUAAUGUACACAUAUUACUUGCUUGCUGCAAUGGGACCCCAGUUUCAAAAAUACCUCUGGUGGAAAAAACAUAUCACAAAUCUACAAAUGAUACAGUUCUGUGUGGCUUUCUUGCACAGCAGUCAGUUACUUUUCUACGAUUGUGGAUAUCCAAGGUGGUCGGUAUUUUUCACGUUGCCAAAUGCUGUUUUCUUCUAUUAUCUAUUUGACAAUUUCUACAAACAAGCCUACAAAUAUGGAAGACGGAUGGAGAAAAAUGAAAAGAGCAAUGGAAUACAAAAUGGUUACCACAUAAAAACGCACUAAUAUUUUAAAUGUUUGAUGGCAUAAUUCUUAUGUACAUUUAUACAAAUUCACAUUAAAAAUUAACCAGGGAAAUGGCGUUACGUACCUACUCAGCGUCUCAGCGAGGUGGUAAAGCCCGUUAUUAACCUUUAAAUGUUUGAAAAUUAA